ACAAGCGUACAGCAGGGAAGCCUCGUCGCGAAAACCAGGGCCUCAGAUUACAACCAACGCGCGGUGUGCCCACACCAUUACUCCGGGCAAGGGACUACUUCUGGGCCCACAAGUCAGAAAACAACACGUGCCGUGAAAAAAAAAGAGAAAAAAAGCGUUGCACACUUGCACCCUUGGCCCUUGGGUGCGAAACACGCACAGCCCGCAGCGCUAGCUACACCCGUCGAUCGCACGAGCGAAGCUGCCAUGGCCGACGCCGCCGGCGACGGCCAGGUGGAGGCGGAGGCGCAGGUCCCAGACGACGUGGUGGACGAGAUCCUGAUCCGCCUCCCCUCGCGCUCCUCCCUGGCGCGCGCCGCGGCGGCCUGCUCGGCGUUCCGGGCGCUCGUCUCGUCGCCGCGCUUCCUCCGCCGCCACCGCGCGCGGCACGGGGCGGGCGAGCCCGGCGCGCUCCUGGGCUCGUUCGCGUUCUCCUCCGAGGGCGGCGUGUUCCACCCCGCGGAGCCGCCGCACCCCGCCGCCUCCGCGGCGCGCGCCGUCGCGGCCGCCGCGGACUUCUCCUUCUCGUUCCUCCCGCCGUCGCCGGUGGAGGACCCCCGCAAGGGGCUCGGGUGGAUCGUCCGCGACCACCGCGACGGCCGCUUCCUCCUCGACCGCGUCGCCUCCCUCGACGACAACGUGUUCCCCGAGCUCGCCGUCUGCGACCCUCUGUCCCGCCGCUACGCCGUCCUCCCGCCCAUCCCGGAGGAGCUCCGCGACGCCGUGGACAGGCCGCUCGGGGUCAUCGGCGGCCGCCGCCGGUGCGAGCCCUUCCUCGCUCCGUGCGACGCCGACGCCGCCGACGAGGAGCCCGCGUUCGCCGUGAUAUGGACGGCGCGGUGCCCGAGGAAGGUGGUGGCGUUCGCCUUCUCGUCGCGCGACGGCGGGCGGUGGCGCGCGCUCCCGUCGCCGGAGUGCUUCGUCUGGAGCAGGCACCGCUCGCCGUUCGGGUGCCCGGUGCACGCCGUCUGGAACCGGCGGUUCUACGCGCACGGCUGCUUCUACUGGCUCGACUGCCUCGCCCACCGCUGGCUGGUGCUCGACACGCGCGCCAUGGAGCUCUCCCUCGUGCAGAUCCCAUCUCCGGCGGGCUACUGGGAGGAGCACGUCGCCGUCGUGGAGGGAGAGGACGGCAAGGUCGGCGUGUUCGCGCACGACUUCUACCACCCCGGCGGCAACGCCUGCCUCUACUACUACACCGUCGUCUUCCACGGCGACGGCGAGGGCCCGCGGUGGCAGCUGGAGCGGACGGUGCCGCUGCCGUGGCCGGCGGUGCACGGCCGGCCGUACAGCAUCCGCGCCGCCGUGCACGGCAGCUUGAUUCUUGAAGUCAACGACAGCGCGCCGGUGUUCAUCACGAGCUACCGGAGCAGGGACGUCGAGCUGUACAAGAUCGACGUCAAGAGCUUCAAGCUGGAGUUGAUCGGCAAUGCACGGUGCGCCGCCGGCGACAUCGCCUGGGCAUACUUCGGCUUCCCGCCAUUGCUGUCCUUGCCAACUGUCUGAAAAGAAAAGAAUCCUGUACAUUUUGAAUCCAUAUGUAAGCAUCAGUUCAUAUAUUGGUGUGAUUCUAGAACCAAAUUACACCAAAAUCCCAGACAUCAUGUACAGUAUUU